AUGCUACAUGAACAACACCAUGUGCUUCAAGCAGCAUCGAUCCUCACGGGCGACCGCGACAUUGAGUUAGGCAUUCGCAAACUUGCCAAAGGCUCCGCUUGUGUAGAUCAUGUGCUGCAGCGCCGACUCGAGCUGUUUCUUGACAGUGGCGCCUCUCUCUCACCACCUGAGUAUCUGCUCAGCAUGCGUGCGUCAGUCCAAUGGCUAACUGGUGUGUGGGCAUGGACGUGUGCGCUCGAGAUUCAUCGGUUAGCUGAGUCUCACGAAGCGCCCACGCAAAAAGAAGCCGCCCCAAUUCUUGGUGUGAGAGACUUGAAUAUGCUAAAAAAACUCGUGACCGUAUCAUUCGCAUGGCUCAUCAUCCCUGCAAUAUUGGCCUUCGAUGCUGCAUAUCCAUCACCACCGUGUCUUGACGAGCUUGUCUCGGCUUUUCGUACACUUUUACACAAGAAUACCUCUCGAUCCAGCAGCUUGACGGCCUUACCUGAUUCGCCCAUGGCACAUACGGACGUGGCCAUCCUGGUGAUGCGCAUGUACUUUGUGGAUGUACUUCGUGUGCUGAUUCGCCUGGCCUAUGGCUGCAGUUCUGCGCACGCGCAUGCUCUGCUUGAUGCUCUCCUAGAAGCCCUGCCGACAAUGUCCGUGCUUACGGCCCUUCGGAGUGUUCCGAUGCCUAGUGCGCUCGCUUCGUCUGCAUCGGCAACUUCUGGCGAGGAAUCGCAGUCGAAGCGGCCGCUACAGCCACCACCUCGUUUCGUUCGCGAGCAAUGUGCUCGCCUGCUGUCGUUGCAGCUUCUGCGCCCGUCCGGCACACGUUCGUUGCUUAUUGCCAUGCUGGGUGCAAACGAGCACGAUAUGCUUAGUGGUGACAUGGACCUCGAGUCGAACGACGGCGACGCUUCUCUCGCGCGCCUCGAUAGCGUCGCUAAGCUCUUAUGCACGCCACCGAAAGGUAUGCGCCGCACCACCUACUACAUGGACAUGGUACCUCAUAUCCUAUCUGUGCUUGAUCCCGUCACGCCACCAGGGACAACCCCUGUCCAUGGAAUACAUCGUCGAGCUGCUGCUCUGUCCUGCGUGCGCAUGUUUGAGACUGAUUCACAUGCGAUGUGCGCGGCUAUGCAAACACACGUCUGGAAUGUCCUUCUGCCGACGCCUGGCGAGUCGCCGCCGUCCUCUGCGUCUGCCGUUGACUCGGCCUUACGGCAGCAGUACGCAGCCAUGAUAUUAGCGCCACCUGCACCACACUGGAUCCACGCAUUGUGUGGGCCAGUGCUGAGUCGGUUCCUCGCACUCGACACGCACCUUCAUGCGCCAUCUAGCACGCCGCGCAUCGUCGACGCCGUGCGUGAGAGUCAUGCAAAGAGCCUGGAUGAGUGUCUAUCUACCUGGCUCAGACUCGACAGCGACGAGGGAAUCAUACGUCUGUUGCACGACGCUCUGCGACAGGCUCUGAACGAGUCGUGGCACUGGCAGGAUACUCCGCAGGGCGUAAGCCUUGUACAGUCUUCGGCCUCAGAGAUGGACGUCGCAUCACUUCUCGAGCGGCCUGCAUCAUUAGAGCGUGUGCUCCGACCGGAGUCGUUGGACGAUGAACCACACAUGCCCGAGGGUCUCUCGCGCACGUUUGCAUGGACAAUUGACCCUGCCCGAGUCUGUGAUAUUUUGCACCGUGCGAAGCGUACAUCCGUGGCUAGUGCUCUAGUUCUCGAUGCGAUGGAGGAGCAUCGGCGCACGCGUAGCAAGAGGAUCUCAGGACUUACACACGAUGAUCCUAUAACGCUCGAGCGGCACGCCGUGUACUUCCUUCAACUCAUCUUCCAGCUGCUCUCAACGUUUGGCCAAGACUUGCUGCAAGGCGACAUUGAGCGUGUUCUGCACUUGGUUGACUUUGCAUGUCAGGAUGAAUCGGCCUUAGACACCGAGCUGUGCAACACGGCGCUUGAGCUUCUCCUUGCUCUGCUGGAACAGAACACUACGCUGACACCAGCAUCGACGCCGUUGCUGCGCGUCAUUUUCGACAAGAUUGAACGCCUCCGCGAUGCGCCGAACCUCGACACACGGGCGCUGAGUCAGGAACUCGCCCUAACACUCUCUGCGAGAAUGAAGCACGUCUCCCUCGCAUCUAGUGCUCCUGCUGCAGUUGAUCAGGCGGCUUGCUCCAAGACACCGAAUGACAGGGCCGCGACUUUACCCGACUACCUGUGCGUGUAUGAAGAGGCACUGCAGUCACUUCAAGACCCCAUUCUUCCCGUUCGUGCACAUGGGCUGCACUUGCUUACACGGCUUGUAUCAACAGAAACACGACUGCAUUCGGCACCAUGUUAUGGCCAUGAGCUCGACCCUGCGCUUGUGCCAGCGAUAUUAGACUUGUUUCUUCGAGCGAUCCAGGAUGACGAGAGUUUUCUCUAUUUGAAUGCGGUACAAGGCCUUUCACAAAUGGCCACGGGCUGGCGCGAAGCCGUGCUUCGUCCUCUGAUGGCUAUCUAUGUUGGUGGGGACAAGACCAGUGAUGGAAUAGCACAUACUGUGGCCUAUGGAAACACGUUGUCUCAACGUGAAACAGAUCAACGGCUGCGCAUCGGUGAGGCGAUGCUGCAAGUGCUCCAGCAUCUCGGUGAGGCAGCGGUGUCAGAGUUGCCCCACAUUGUCCCACCGCUCUUGACAGCCGUACGCAACCCCGUUUUUCCAGCAUCUCUCCGCAGUUCCUUCAUCUCUAUUCUCGGCACCUUGGUCGAGACCGCCCCCCAAGCACUUGCCGCGAAUGGCGUGUCGAUUGAGAUGGUUCGUAUGUGCACGGAGCUCCUGCAAGGCACAACGGAGCGGCGUCCCAUGCGGCGGCGUGAAAGGGUACGAGCAAUGGUGCAUGGCACGGAUGCACUGGGCCAGCGGACAGAGCGUCGUCUGGGCGGAUCAGAUGACGAAGAUGAACUUGACGCUGAUGACGACGGUGGCGCUCGUGACGGGACAUCUUCGACAAUGUCUAUGGCUCAUCGAGAAGAAACAAGCGGCAUAGAUACUGAUGUUCAUCGACCAACAUUGCGCCGCUCUGCUUUGCUUCUUCUGACUUGGUUACUCCAAAAGACUGUGCAGCAAUUGGAUGAGUACCACGAAGCGUGCAGACGUGACGUGGAUCACGUGGAUGCACCACUUACUGCACUACGACUUCCUGGUGGUGGUAUGCUGCCGGACUUGGGAGGGCGCCCAAAGCCCGUGCUGCCUCCGCUGCUUGUGCCUGUGGACACGCUCAGUUCGUUCGUCCCGAUCGUAUCGUAUAUGGCACAAGAGGAUGCCGAUGAAAUCGCACGCAUUCAGGCACGCGACUGUCUCGACUUUGUUGAUCGAGUCAAGACGGCCUUCUUAGGUGGAUAG